AUGCGUAAUGAUAUCAAUGGCGACCUGCUCAUAGAUGCUAAGGAUGAAUCACAAGCAUGCCCAGCUAUAGUGAGGAAGCGUACGUAUAUACCACCAGGAGCAAGCAAAGUGGUAACGGUAUCGUACAUGCAAGGAAGCCCAGCAUGCAUGUUCUGCUCAAAUUCGGAAAAGAUACCAGAUGGAGUGUGCGAACAGUCAGCAGAAGGAGAGACAAGAAUACCCGUUACAAAUGAAAGUAGCGAACCGAUGGUGCUGCAGAAAGGGCAAGCUAUCGGAGAGUUUGAAAAAGGUGACUGGGUCGACAGCAAAGAAGCAGAGAAUGCAGGAAGUAAUGAAAGCACUUCCAAGAAGCGACAAGCAGCCAAAACCUUUGCUGCACCUGGUUAA